AUGCCUGUCAAGCUUCUCCGGACGCCUACCGCUGGGCGACGCCACCACUUGCCGGUGCUGCAUCUCGUUCCCGGCCUCCUGCUUCUGCUGCUCUCGCGCUCGGCGUCGGCGUCGGCGUCGACGGUGGUCACCCGCCUGCCAGGAUUCGACGGCCCUCUCCCCUUCUACCUCGAAACCGGAUACGUGGGCGUGGAGGAGGAGACCGGGACGGAGCUCUUCUACUACUUCGUCGAGUCGGAGAGGAGCCCCGGCACGGACCCCGUCAUCCUGUGGCUCACCGGCGGGCCCGGUUGCUCGGGCUUCAGCGGCAUGGUCUUCGAAGUCGGUCCUAUAAAUUUUGUGUUAGCACCUUAUAAUGGUAGUUUGCCGCAGCUGGUCUCUAAUCCCUACUCAUGGUCGAAGAUCGCAAGCAUCAUCUUCUUGGAUUCUCCUGUCGGUUCUGGCUUCUCGUAUGCUCGUGAUCCCAAAGGUUAUGAUGUCGGGGACAUCUCGUCUUCUUCGCAAGUUGUCACAUUUCUGAAGAAGUGGUUCAGUGAUCACCCACGCUAUAUUUCAAAUCCUUUUUACCUUGGAGGAAGUUCAUAUGCUGGAAAGAUGAUUCCAGUCAUCGCACAAUACAUCUCACAAGGAAACGAACAAAGAAGGCAACCUGAGAUUAAUCUCAAGGGCUAUCUAGUUGGCAACCCUAUUACAGGCUCCGCAUUUGAUGAUUUCAACACCAAAAUACCAUAUGCUCAUGGUGUUGGAAUUAUAUCAGAUCAACUAUAUGAGGCUGCAAUGGCGAGCUGUGAUGGAGACUAUGUAACCUCAGUGACUAAAAUGUGCGCGGGGGUUCUAAAUACCAUUCAAAAACUCAUUUCUGAAGUUGACGAGGGAUAUAUCUUAGAUGAUAGAUGUGUACGUGCUGCUCCCAAACCUGUGAAGGAUGAUGCUUCAAGAAGUAGGUUUCUAUCAGAAGAACAGAUUCAGCCAACCGAAUCAUCUGCUGAUCCCACUAUCAAUUGUUUCUCAUAUCGGUACUACCUAUCUAACAUUUGGGCGAAUUACAACAGGACUAGAGAUGCUCUUAAGAUCAAGAAGGGAACCAUUGGCAAGUGGGUAAGAUGCAGCAGUGAAUUCCCCUAUACACACGACGUCCCAAGUAGCAUAGGGUACCAGUUCAACCUCACCACCAGGGGCUACCGUGCGCUUGUAUUCAGCGGAGACCAUGAUCUUUUGGUACCAUUUUUGGGAACACAUGCGUGGAUAAGAUCCUUCAACUUCUCCAUUGUUGAUAACUGGAGAGCAUGGCAUGUGGAUGGCCAGUCUGCAGGAUUUACAAUUGCAUAUGCAAACCAUAUGAUAUUUGCAACAGUAAAGGGUGGAGGUCAUACAGCUGUAAGCUACCGGCCUAAACAAGGAUUGGCCAUGGCUCAGCGGUGGCUUGACAAUAAGCCAUUGUGA